AUGCAUCACUUCUUCCUCUUCCUCUUCCUCCUCGUUUUCUUGCUUCCCCAUGAAACCAGCUACUCCACGGCCAUAGCUUCCGGCGGCGGCGACUUGUGCAGCCGGCGGUGCGGCGGUACCACCGUCCCAUAUCCUUUCGGAUUCUCCCCCGGCUGCCCCAUCGUCCUGUCGUGCGACGCCAGCAUCUCCACGCCGAUCCUCCCAUACAUAGGAGACAACGGCACCAUGUACCGCGUCAUAGCCUUCAACUCAACCACCUCCACCGUUGUCGUCGGCCUUCCGCCGUCGUGCAGCCGCAGCGUCCCCGAGGCCAGGAGGGUGCUCUCCGGGGACAACUACGGCGUGUCGUCUCGCACCGGUCUUUUCCUCCGCGGCGGCUGCAGCGGGAUCAACGCGUCGGCGGCCGCCGGAUGCAGCGUGCCCAUGGGCGUCAUGUCCAGGCUGCUCCGCACGGCGCAGUGCGUCGGCCUCGGCAACGACACCUCGCCCGCCGCUGUGGCGUGCGUCGCUUCCCGUCCGGCAAACUCCACCGCGGCGGUGCAUGACCAGUUUCUUCUGUGGGAGAAGGUCGAGAAGCAAAAGUGCGACGACGUGUUAACCUCCACGGUGUUGGUGCUCACGGUGGAGGGGACGGCUACGCUGGAGUUCGGCGAGGCCGAGCUCGGCUGGUGGCUCAACGGGACGUGCGCCGACGGCGUGGAGCGUUGCGCGGCGAACGCGACGUGCACCGACGUACAAACGCCUGGCGGGGAGUUGGGGCACCGGUGCGAGUGCGCGGCGGGGAUGGAGGGCGACGGCUUCUCGGCCGGCGACGGAUGCUACCUCGAUCCAACAUGGGCAAAGGCGAUCGUCGGGGCCGUGUUGGUAACAUGGGCUUUGGUCGUGCUCAUACUUGCUCUUUGCAUAAUUUCUUGUGUCUGCCUCUGCCUCUGCUGUCACCGUCGAAGGCGCAGUAACAUGAAGAAAACCAAACAAUCGUUGAAAGCGUUGACAACACUAUUUCGCGGCGAACUUGUCGAUGGCGAGCUCGACCAAGGACUCUCUGGGCCCCGACGAUUUUCUUUCGAGGAGCUCGCUGCAGCGACGGAUAAUUUCUCCAAUGACAGGGCGCUCGGGAGAGGAGGCUUUGGGUCUGUGUACCGAGGGUUUAUGAGCGACAUGAACCGCGAAGUGGCUGUCAAGAAGGUGUCAGAGACAUCUCGUCAGGGCUGGAAGGAGUUCCUCUCGGAGGUGCGGAUCAUUAGUCGGCUCAGGCACCGCAACCUCGUGCAGCUCAACGGCUGGUGCCAUGGCGGCGAUGAGCUCCUCCUUGUCUACGAGCUGAUGCAUAAUGGCAGCCUCGACACUCAUUUGUACAGAUCCGACUACGUGCUGACAUGGCCUGUUAGGUACGAGAUAGUGCUCGGCAUAGGUUCCGCACUUAUGUACUUGCAUCAAGACACGGAGCAGCGUGUGGUGCACAGGGACAUCAAGCCAAGCAACAUCAUGCUAGAUGCCUCCUUCACCGCCAAGCUCGGCGACUUCGGGCUCGCGCGGCUCAUCAAUGAUGGCCAGAUAUCGUACAUGACUGACACAGCCGGCACGAUGGGGUACAUCGACCCGGAGAGCGUGCUGGCCGGCACAGCGAGCGUCGAGUCGGAUGUGUACAGCUUCGGGGUCCUCCUCCUCGAGGUCGCAUGUGGUCGGCGGCCAGCUCUAGUCCAGGAAGACGGUGGUGCCGUCCACCUGGUGUCAUGGGUGUGGGACUUGUACGGCGGAGGAUCAAUCCGUGCCGCCGCCGACCAGCGGCUUAGGGGGGAAUUUGAUGGUGCGGAGAUGGAGGGUGUUAUGGUCGUGGGGCUCUGGUGUGCGCAUCCUGACCGUGGCAUGCGGCCAUCCAUCAGGCAAGCGAUGAACGUGCUGCGGUUCGAAGCGCCAUUGCCGAGCCUCCCGGCAAAGAUGCCGGUGGCGACCUAUGGGCCGCCGACUAAUCCUUCGACUUCGGGAACUUUGGUGCUGAGCAGCAGCAUCAGUGGCCGGUGA